GCCAAAUGUGCCAAUAAGCGAAGAAGGCCACCAGUGUUUUAACCGCUGCCCGCGUACCUACUAGUAUCAGAUAUCAGAGUUGAAGCGCUCUCUCUCUCUCACUCACUCUCUUGCACACAGCAUGGCUAGGUACUUCUUGGCCACCGUCUUCCUCGGCCUGAUCACCGUGCUCUCCACCACGACGUCGGCCGACACGCCGGACUGCCCGUACCCGUGCCUCCCGCCGCCAACCUCCGGAGGCGCCAUCAACAGCUACCCGCCACCACCACCGGCGACAGGUGACAGCGGCUUCGGCGGAAGCUAUCCGCCGCCGCCACCAGGGAGCUACCAGCUGACCCCGCCGGGGGUGAUGCCAGGCUAUCUGGCGCCGCCGUACAGCGGGUUCCCGGCUGGGCCGGCCCCGCCGCCGCCGAACCCGAUCCUGCCGUGGUUCCCGUGGUACUACCAGCACACCAACCCGAUCACGGGGUCGACGACGUCGGCCUCCUCGCCGGCCAUGGACGCGAGGUCGAGGAUCACAGUCGCGGUGCUGCUCCCUCUGUACUUGCUGGUUCCUCUUCGUGUGUUGUAGAGAGUACUUGUCGUUAGGCGAGUUUAUUUGUUAUAAUUAUUUAUUUUCCUAUUUUAGUUUGUACAAAUGCUUGUUUUAUUGUGCUAUAUAGAAUAGAUUACUUUGUAAAGUAAAGUCUUUUUUAUAUUACAUCCUACUUUUUGACGAUAA